ACCGGAGGUUUUUUUUUUCUUUAAAGGACUCUCAAAGGGGGCAAAGUGAGGAGAAAAAAGCCGACUCUAUCCUUCCGUGGUGAGGGUUUCAAAGUGAAGGAUUUUACGUUUUGUGUCUGGAUACUAACAUUUUUUUUUACCUGUGCAAGAGGAGAGAGAGAGAGGAGGAAUCAGUCGAGACAAAAGGUUAUACAAAAGAAGAAAAAAAAAAGACCGACGAGGUGAUAGAUCCAAUGGUCGGGGUCUGAGUGUGAUCCUCGCAGCCGCGCACAGGGCUUUGUCCGCCGCCAUCCUGCGUGUACAGGGGAGGGGGUGGCGGUGAUUUACCGCACCUUCACCGGGAUUACGGAGAGAAAGAAAGAGAGAAAACACACCGAAUUCCCUCGUGUAUAGGACUCGACAUGUAUCCACAAGGCCGGCAUCCGGCACCUCACCAGCCAGGGCAGCCUGGCUUCAAAUUCACUGUGGCAGAGUCUUGUGACAGGAUCAAAGACGAAUUUCAGUUCCUGCAGGCCCAGUACCACAGUCUCAAAGUGGAGUACGACAAACUGGCCAAUGAGAAGACAGAGAUGCAGCGUCACUACGUCAUGUACUAUGAGAUGUCCUAUGGGCUCAACAUUGAGAUGCACAAACAGACUGAGAUCGCCAAACGUCUCAAUGCAAUCCUGGCUCAGAUCAUGCCAUUCUUGUCACAAGAGCAUCAACAGCAGGUGGCUCAGGCUGUUGAACGGGCCAAACAGGUGACAAUGACUGAGCUGAAUGCUAUCAUCGGGGUACGUGGACUUCCCAAUCUGCCUCUCACUCAGCAGCAGCCGCCUCAUAGUGUCUAUCCAGCCUUCAUGCAGCAGCAGCUCCAGGCCCAGCACCUCUCCCACGCAGCCCACGGCCCCCCUGUCCAGCUGCCCCCGCAUCCCUCAGGCCUGCAGCCGCCCGGCAUCCCCCCUGUGACGGGUGCUGGCUCUGGCCUGCUGGCGCUGGGUGCUCUUGGCAGCCAGGCCCACCUGCCUGUGAAGGAUGAGAAGAACCACCACGACCUGGAGCACCGUGGACCCUCAUCUUUUCACUCGCCUCUGGCUCUUCCUCUGAAAGAACGCGAGUCCAGCACGAAUAACUCGGUGUCACCGUCAGACAGCCUGCGGGCAGCCAGCGAGAAGCACCGCGGCUCAUCUGAUUACGGCCUCGACUCCAAGAAACGCAAAGUAGACGACAAGGACAGCAGAUAUGAGAGUGACGGAGACAAAAGUGACGACUUGGUAGUGGAUGUUUCCAAUGAGGAUCCGGCCACCCCUCGGGUUAGCCCCGCUCACUCUCCUCCAGAAAAUGGCCUGGAUAAAUCGCGAGUCCUGAAGAAGGAUGCAGCCCCCAACAGCCCCGCAUCUGUCGCAUCCUCAGGCAGCACGCCGUCCUCCAAAGCAAAGGACCACGCCCAUAACGACAAGUCGUCCACACCGAGCCUCAAGUCCAACACACCCACACCCAGGAAUGAGGCACCCACACCAGGAACCAGCACCACUCCAGGACUACGGCCUCUGACAAUGGGCAAACCACCCGGCAUGGAGGCAUUAGCUGCUCCUGCCCUGCGCACACCUCUCUCCAUUGCGGGUUCCUACGCCACGCCGUUUGCCAUGAUGGGUCAUCAUGAGAUGAACGGAUCCCUGACGAGCCCGGGUGUCUAUCCUGGCCUCAUUUCACCACAGAUGAGUGCAGCAGCUGCUGCUGCUGCUUACGGACGCUCACCAAUUGCGGGGUUUGACCCUCAUCCUCACAUGAGAGCUCCAGGCCUGCCAGCAAGCCUCACUUCCAUUUCUGGAGGAAAACCGGCUUAUUCUUUUCACGUGAGUGCGGAUGGUCAGAUGCAGCCCGUGCCCUUCCCUCCAGAUGCACUGAUAGGCCCGGGCAUCCCGCGCCACGCUCGCCAAAUCAACACACUGAGCCACGGGGAAGUGGUGUGUGCUGUCACCAUCAGCAACCCCACGCGUCACGUCUACACCGGCGGCAAGGGCUGUGUCAAGAUCUGGGACAUCAGCCAACCUGGCAGCAAGAGCCCAGUGUCCCAACUUGACUGUCUGAACAGGGACAAUUACAUCCGCUCCUGCAAGCUGUUGCCUGACGGCCGCACCCUGAUCGUGGGUGGUGAGGCCAGCACACUGACCAUCUGGGACCUGGCCUCACAGACGCCCCGCAUAAAGGCAGAGCUCACUUCCUCUGCUCCAGCCUGCUACGCACUGGCCAUCAGCCCUGACGCCAAGGUCUGCUUCUCCUGCUGCUCUGAUGGAAACAUCGCUGUGUGGGACCUCCAUAACCAGACCCUCGUUAGGCAGUUCCAGGGCCACACAGACGGAGCCAGCUGUAUCGACAUCUCCCACGAUGGGACCAAACUGUGGACCGGAGGGCUGGACAACACGGUCCGCUCCUGGGAUUUGAGAGAGGGACGGCAGCUCCAGCAACAUGACUUUACCUCACAGAUCUUCUCGCUGGGUUACUGUCCCACUGGAGAAUGGUUGGCUGUGGGCAUGGAGAGCAGUAAUGUGGAGGUGUUGCAUCACACCAAGCCUGACAAGUACCAGCUGCACCUACACGAAAGCUGUGUGCUCUCACUCAAGUUCGCCUACUGUGGUAAAUGGUUUGUGAGCACAGGGAAGGACAAUCUGCUGAAUGCAUGGAGGACUCCCUAUGGGGCCAGUAUAUUCCAGUCCAAGGAGUCGUCCUCCGUCCUGAGUUGUGACAUCUCCGCAGACGACAAAUACAUUGUGACAGGUUCUGGAGACAAGAAGGCCACCGUCUACGAGGUCAUCUACUAGAGAGCGAAGGAGGCUCGAACUCUGCUUCAGCACUUCUACUGAGACGACUUUUCUGCUUUCACCCCCCCGACCAUCAUCUGUGGACGGGAAUAAACUGGCCGAGAAUUACUGAAGAUGUGGAAAACUUUAUUGGUGGAAAUGAAAGGAGCUAUUGGCCCAUGGAUACUUUUUUUUGGUCCUUUUUUUUCUUGGAGGGUUUAUCUUUGGGUUGCACAUUUUUUGUGACAUCUGAAAAAACACAUUUUUUGAGAAUAUUUGGAAGCAGUGCUUCAUUUCUGAGAACCUCGUUCACCAGACGUCUUGUGAAAAGUGUACAUAUUGGAUUAAAUAAGACAUUUUAUAUAUAUUAUAAAAAUAUAUAUAUUUUCAUGUCCUGGGUGUACUUGUGAUGGAUUGUUUUGGCCCUCUCUCUCUCUCUCUCUCUUACGUCAUGAUAUUUGAGCGGGAGAGCCGAGCAUAGAUUAGAACUUUUUAACUAUUUUACCUUUUGAUUUUCUUAAAGCACAUUCUCCAGGCUGACUUUUUUCAAAAAUCAAACCGAGGAGCAUGAAACUUGUAAAGUAGGACGUUUUGUGGAGAUUUUAAAAAUGGCCUUUUGUCACAGUGCUCUUACCGGACGAUGAUAAUGUAUUCUGAUCUGUAACAUGGAGCCCUCCGCUGGUUUGGACCACUGUGGGAUCGAGCGGGACACUAUGAUUCAGGAUGGAUGUAAAUUUAAUUCAUAUAUAUAAAUAUAUAUAAAGACUUUUUUAAAGUGUACUAAGUGUACUGCUCUGUCUGUGCUAUCUUUCUCCCUGUUUGUUUUACCUUGUUAGAUGAUGGGAGAUAGCGAACGUUUAAUGUUUAGCCUAACCCUUGGACCUCAGUUGGCAGCAGAAGCACUGCAGCAGGCACAAACUGAAUGACAAUGUGCUUUUUGCUAACUUUUACGUAAUAUGGAUGUUGAAUUGCACCAUUGAUUUCUUGGCUACAGACUUAACUCAAACAGUCCAAUCUGUGCUAUUGGAAUCUUUCUGCCCUUUGUAUCUUAUCAAUAUUCUUGGAAAAUGUUUGGUCGGCCGUGACGGUGCAGAAAGACCUGAUUAACUGCACGAAUCGGUCUGUCUUUAUAAAAAUGUUCAGUGCCUGUAGUUGCUCCGUGAGUCUGGAGCGAUACGGCACUAAAAUACAACAGGAAUACAGGAAUGAGUAAAUCGAGUGUCUCCCAUGUCGACGUGAAGACUUCAGUGAAUAAUUCUGGUUUCUACACUGUGCUCCUGACACUGUCAGCGUUUCCCACAGAAAACAAAAAAGGGCGAAAUCCGCCCGUCCCGCUGAAUCACACCAAAGUAUGUAGCAAAUGCUGUCAGCACUGAAAAGAAAUGUACAGUUGUUAAUAAAUCAAUAAAACUGUUUUUGUAGAAUG